UGCGGGGAGCCGCUCACCCGCACACGAGGCAUCGAAGUGGGGCACACGUUCUACCUGGGCACCAAGUACUCCUCGGUGUUCAACGCUACCUUCCUCACCCCCGAGAACAAGCUGCAGCUGGCAGAGAUGGGCUGCUACGGCCUGGGGGUCACUCGCAUCCUGGCGGCCGCCGUGGAGGUGCUUUCCACGGAGGACAGCAUCCGCUGGCCCAGCCUCAUUGCCCCCUACCAGGUGUGCUUCAUUCCCCCCAAGAAGGGCAGCAGGGAGGAGGAGGGAGCCGCGCUCCUGGAGCGCCUCUACGACGACGUGGCUGAAGCUGCGCCGCAGCUCGCCGACGACCUGGUGCUGGAUGACCGGACUCAGCUGACCAUUGGCAAAAGACUAAAAGACGCCAACAGGCUGGGCUACCCGUACGUGGUAGUAGCCGGGAAGAAGGCUUGUGACAAUCCUGCUGUGUUUGAGGUUUGGAGUCAAAACGCUGGCGAGGUCACGUUCCUCACCAGGGAGGGUGUCAUUGACUUGCUGAGUAAAGUGCGGGUUUCUUAAAGUC